AUGGCCAACUUGACCUCAGUGAGUGGAUUCUUUCUUAUGGGGUUUUCUGAUGACCGCAAACUCCAGCUUUUACAUGCUGUGCUGUUUUUGGUGACAUACCUGCUGGCCUUAACUGGCAACAUCCUUAUUAUUACCAUAACUUCUUUGGACCAUCGCCUCCAUUCCCCCAUGUAUUAUUUCCUGAAGCACCUCUCUCUUUUGGAUCUCUGUUUUAUCUCUGUUACAGUACCUCAGUCCAUUGCAAACUCACUUAUGAACAGUGGUUACAUUUCCUUUGGCCAGUGUAUUCUUCAAGUUUUCUUCUUCAUAGCUCUAGCCUCAUCGGAAGUGGCCAUCCUCACAGUGAUGUCCUAUGACCGGUAUGUUGCUAUCUGUGAACCACUGCGAUAUGAGACCAUAAUGGAUCCCUAUGCUUGUAAGCAUGCAGUAAUUGCUGUGUGGGUUGCUGGGGGCCUCUCUGGCCUCAUGCACACAGCUGUUAACUUCUCCAUACCUCUCUGUGGGAAGAGAGUCAUUCACCAGUUCUUCUGUGAUAUUCCUCAGAUGUUGAAACUAGCAUGUUCUUAUGAAUUCAUUAAUGAGCUUGCAGUAGCUGCAUUCACCACCUCAACAGCAUUUGUCUGUUUAAUUUCCAUUGUGCUUUCCUACAUUCGUAUAUUCUCUACAGUGCUGAGAAUCCCAACAUCUGAGGGCCGGACUAAAGUCUUCUCUACCUGCCUACCACACCUAUUUGUAGUCACCUUCUUCCUAUCAGCUGCAGGCUUUGAGUUCCUCAGGCCCCCUUCUAAUUCCCAGUCAGCUAUGGACUUCAUGUUCUCCAUAUUCUAUACUGUGAUACCACCAACACUCAAUCCAGUUAUCUAUAGUUUACGGAAUGAAGCCAUGAAGACAGCUCUGAGGAAAGUUCUGUCAAAGGAAGAAUUUGCUCAUAGAAAAAUAUAUGUAAAGGCUAUUUUUAAAUUCUAA